ACCCAUAUAGAUCUCUCAUUACUUCGAAGAAAAUAUCUUAGGAAUUUGAAUAUAACCACUAUGACAUACUAUAAGAAGAAUACAUAUAUUUAAGUUUCCAUUCCAAGAAAAAGUGAGAUAUAUAUCAUCAAAAGAUACACAAUCCUCCUCAAUUUAAACGCUUGAUAUCAUGGCGACCCCCACUCUUCAUCCUCUUUAUAAUUGAAGCGCAUUUCCUUCUUUCUCAACUCAACCCUUCACUAGCUAUUUUCUUGCUUACAACUCUACGAGCUAACAGCUUACAGUCUUUAUUUAGUUCUUUGCGAUCUGUUAAGGAAAUGGGUGACAUCUCGGCAUCGAAUUUGAAUGGAGGUUAUGGGGAGAGUAGGAGGAAGAGCUGUUGGUAUGAAGAAGAGAUUGAAGAGAACUUGAGAUGGUGCUUUGCCCUUAAUAGUAUUUUACACACUGGAGCUAGUCAGUACCAGGACAUUGCAUUGCUGGACACAAAGCCCUUUGGAAAGGCUUUAGUUAUAGAUGGAAAGCUUCAGAGUGCAGAGAUUGAUGAAUUCAUAUAUCAUGAGUCCCUAGUUCAUCCAGCAUUGCUCCGCCACCAAGAUCCUAAGACUAUUUUCAUAAUGGGAGGAGGAGAGGGAUCCACUGCAAGGGAAAUUCUAAGGCACAACACUGUAGAAAAAGUUGUCAUGUGUGAUAUUGAUGAGGAAGUAGUUGAUUUCUGCAAAUCACACCUUGUAGUCAACAGAGAUGCCUUCUUUGAUUCCAGACUCCACCUCAUCAUUAACGAUGCUCGAGCUGAGCUAGAGAAGAGAAAGGAUCAAUUUGAUGUGAUCAUAGGAGACCUUGCUGAUCCAAUUGAAGGAGGACCGUGCUAUCAGCUCUACACCAAAUCCUUUUAUGAAUCAAUCAUCAAGCCCAAACUCAAUGAGGGUGGCAUUUUUGUCACGCAGGCUGGACCAGCAGGAGUUUUCUCACAUACAGAGGUUUUCUCAUGCAUCUACAACACACUAAAGCAUGUUUUCAGAUAUGUCGUGCCCUACUCUGCUCAUAUCCCAUCUUAUGCGGACACUUGGGGUUGGAUCAUGGCAUCGGAUUCUCCACUGCCGCUUGAUGUACAGGAACUGGAUUUGAGGAUAAAGCAAAGGAUCAAAGGAGAGAACAGAUAUCUUGAUGGCGAAACCUUUGCUUCGGCCUCAACUCUCAGCAAAGCUGUCAGAAAAACACUAGCAAAAGAAACACAAGUUUACACUGAGGACACAGCCAAGUUCAUCUAUGGGCAUGGGACUCGCCCCAAGUUCCAGAAUGGCGCGGCUUAGAAAAAGGCGACGGAGUUGAGCAUGGAUUUAAAAAAAAGGGAUCAUAUAUGAAGAAAUUUUCCAUUUGGUUUCUUUUUCUUUUCUUUUCCUUUUCUUUUCUUUUUUCUUAUGACCAGUUUGUAGUUUGGAAAAGAAAUGGCAGUCUAUGUAUUUCAGUGACAAAUUCUACUUCUUUGGAGUAUGCACUAGAGAAAUUUGUCUGUGGAAAGUUUGGCUUUCAGCUUCAA